AUGCGGACCGCGGUCGCGCGCGCGCGCGCGACGACGCGGUCGAGGACGCGCGCGCGCGCGCGAUGCGGUGGCGCCGCGGGACGGCGGUCGAGCGCGCGCGCGCGCGGCGUGGGGCGACGCGCGACGGACGCGCGCGACGUGGACGACGCGGCGUCGACGACGCGCGGUGCGGACGAGACGACGAUUGGAGACGCGGGAAGGGGGGUGGUGCGGCGCAGGACGGCGCUGUGGACGCUCGGGGCGGGGGUCUGGGCGAGGCGCGCGGGCGAGCGAGAGGCGCGCGCGGCGGACGCGACGACCGGGGAUGAAUUCGCGGUGAACGCGUACGAGGAUCUCACGGUGUACAGGGAUCGGGGUAAAAAGUUUCUGCUGAAGUUUCCAAAGAAAUGGACCGUCGGGAGUAAGCCCGGGGCGGCGGUGCUGUUUAAAAAUCCUGACGCCAAAUACAGCAACAUUGGCGUGACGGUGUCGCCCGUGACGGUGAAGACGCUCGAUAAGUUCGGUAGCUUGAACGAGAUAGGCAAUAGGUUGGCUAAUGCGGAGCAGGCUAAGGAAAGCACGGUGCCGGGCGGGGUGACGCUCACGCGCUCGGACACGCGAGUCGGAUCGGUCUCUGGGACGACGUUUUACGACUAUGAGUAUCGACUCAUCACGACGUACGGGAACAAGCGCGUGACGACGUCGGUGACGAUCGUGGACAGCACGCUAUACAUAUUAAACGCGCAGUUUUUUGAGACUGCUGAUCCAGAGCGUCCCACGGAUCCACAGCUGGCGCUCGAUCAGUACAACUUGGCCUUGCACAGAAAGGUUGCCGAAUCGUUCGACGCCGGCAAGGCUGCCUUCCCCUCGUUCGAGAUCGAGGCUGAGGAGCUCCGGGGCGAGGCUCCGAUGAUCGCUGAUGGCAUGGGUAAGUGA